AUGCCACGUAAGCUACGUAAGAAUAUACGUAAGAGGAAGAGAGCAUUGAAACAUCCAAUAGUAAAACUGACACCACAACAACAGUUGCAACAACAAAUGCUGAAUGACCCCACUAUGUUGCAACAAAUGUCAAGCAACCCUAUGCUCUUAAACCGAGUUCUUGGUGCACAGAGUGGAGGUUUAAGAGCGGCACUUUUAGCGAAAAUGGCAGGCUAUGGUGGAGCUGCAGACGGAACAGCCUAUAACCCUCAAAGUCAAAUGAAUUUGAGUUCACUCAAAAAUCAAAUAUCAGAUGUCAAAAAGUCAAACAUAGACAUACAGAAACAAAUAAGUGAAAACGAAAAGAAACUAG